UCAGAAUCAACAAACUUGGAAAAUGUCUGCCGUACUUCGUUUCUCAUAAAUCGUUCUAAAAACGUUUAAAACUAAAAAGUAAUCAGUAGAUACGACGCAAGAAAUGUAAAGUGUAUAAGAAUACUGUGUUCUGGCUUGUUCGUAACAAAAUGAUUGUUCAAGAACCGUUGCAGGUUAUAGUCUGGGAUUGCCUCAAUAAUUACGAAUUCGACAAUGCUAUAUUUUUGGCUGAGAGGUUACACGCUGAAGUUAAUUCAGAAGAGACUGCUUUCUUAUUAGGCACCUCAUAUUAUAGAGCUGGACGUGUAAAUGAAACGCACCAUUUGCUAAAGAAUUUGUCACUUACUUUACCACAGUCAAGAUUUUUACUAGCAAAAUGCUCUGUUGAUCUCAAAAUUUACAAUGAUGCUGAGACUGCAUUGGGAACAAACUUGGAUAUUGUUGCUUCAGAAUUUGGAGAACAGGCACCAUAUGCACUGCAACUAUUGGCUAAGGUUUUUAGUGUUACUGAGAGAAGAAGUAAAGCAGCAGAAGCUUAUCGGAAAGCAUUAUCCUUGAAUCCAUUCAUGUGGAAAUCAUUUACACAACUAUGCAAUAUGGGUGAAAAAGUGGAUCCUAACCAAGUGUUUCAAAUAAACCCAGAGUUCUCAUUUGGUGUUUCCACAUUAGUGAAUCUAGUCAGUAAUUCAGAAAAUAUAUCAGUAAUAAAUACCAACAUUCCUAAUAAUAAUAUACUUCAUUCUACUGUCACACCAAACAAUGUUGGAACCAGAACUCCAAUGACAAUGACUUCUAGCAUUACCCCAGAUACUCAGAUGUCAGUAAAGAGGAUGCAUAGUGUUUUCAGUGGUAUGGCACCAAUCCCAUUCUCACCAUCAUUUGGAAUGUUACCAGUGGAAGAAUCUCCUGUAUUAUACACACCAACACUGACAGACUCCAAUGAGCAGAAAGCAAUUCCAAAAAUUGUGAACUCUUUUAAAGCUCAUGUUGGACAGCUUAAAGAUGCAGUAUUUAGCCCUUCACCAAGGUGUACACUUGGACCUGCUCCUAGAAGAUCAUCUAGGCUUUUUAGUAAUAAUAAUAGUGGAUAUUCUGUUAAGGAAAAUAAUAAAUCACCAAGUCGAAAGUUUGCUGCACCCAAAAGUCCGUCAAGAAAAAAUAAACAAAGAACGGCAAAGAAUGUCAAACCGUGUACAGAGACUAGUGACAGAAAUAAAAGCUUAGAAAAUGUGACUUCAAAUAUGCCAAAGAAUGCUAAUAUAGUGGCAUUACUAAUGCUAUUCAAAGAAUUAGGUGAAGCUUAUUGGUCAUUAGCAUUUCUAGAUUGCAAAAAUGCCAUCAAACAAUUUAAUGAUGUACCUGCAAAACACUUAGCAACACCCUGGGUGCAAACUAUGAUAGCCCGGGCACACUAUGAGUUGGCUCAAUAUGAACCAGCCAUGCAAAUAUUUGCUGGUAUUCGUAAACACUAUCCUAGUCGUACAGAAGGAAUGGAUAUUUACAGUACUUGCUUAUGGCAUUUGCAGAGGGAAGCACAAUUAUCAGCAUUGGCGCAUGAUCUGGUAGAGUUAGACAGAAAUAACGCUAUUUCAUGGCUGGCUGCUGGAAAUUGUUUCUCUCUACAUAAAGAAAGAGAAACUGCAUUAAAGUUCUUUAAGCGCGCUGUACAGAUUAAUCCUGAUGCUGCUUAUGCUCAUGCAUUGUUAGGACAUGAGUAUGCAGUAGCGGAAGAAACUGACAAGGCUCUGACAAGUUUUAGAACUGCUGUUAGUAUUGAUCCUCGGAAUUAUGUGGCUUGGUUUGGAAUUGCAACAGUAUGUGCACGACAAGAACGCUGGAAAGCAUCAGAAGUCCACAUAAGAAGAGCAUUAACUAUUAAUCCUUAUUCCGCUGUAUUAAGAUGUCAAUUAGGAUUAGCACAAGCUGCAUUAGGUAAAAUGGAUCGUGCCCUUGCAACAUUAGAAACAGCUGUUGACUUAGAUACUGAAAAUCCUCUAUGCAGAUUCCACAGGGCAUCAAUACUUUUACGUGCUGGUAAACCUCAACUUGCAUUAGCUGACCUUAGACACUUGAAAAACAUAGCCCCUAGAGAAUCAUUAGUGUACUACUUGCUUGGAAAGGUUCAUGACAAGCUAGGAAAUACACAUUUAGCUGUAAUGCACUUUAGUUGGGCUACAGAUCUAGAUCCAAAAGGUACUGGUGGACAUUUGAAAGAAGGUUUUGACCCAUCAAAGCAGGAUGACAGUACAGACAGGCCUUAAAUCUAGAGUUAACCAUGCAAGACUUUAUGUGACUGAAUCUUUGUAAAUAUAUACACUUGCUUAUUGAUCUCCUGUUUGACACCAAAUUUUCCAACAUAUUUUGGAGAUAAAAAGUGUAGAGCAUUUAGCUGCUGUAAUAGUGUUAGGGCAUCUGUGUAUUUGUUUAUAUAGUGUAAGAUGUGUAUAUUCCUAUAAUUAUUUUAGUUUACUUGUAAUUGUAUAGCUAAUCACAAAUCUAUAUAUUUAUGGAAGUUUUAGCAUAUUAUUAUGAUAGACUCGAAGCCCACAGGAUCUAAGGCUUAAUGUACUCUUUCAGAAUGGAUUAUGCAUUAUUAAUUGAUGACUUUGUAAUCUAAAGUUAUUGCCAUAUUUUAAAUCCUAAAUAGUGUGAAGUAGAAAUAUUAAUAAAAACUUGAACUUUCUAAAAUUUCCUUGAAACUGACAAUAACCGCUGGCGGUCUCUUCUAUAAUAUUAUAAAUGUUUACAUUAUCAGCUGUAGCAUCUUUGUAUUCCAUUCAAACUUGAUAUUUUUAUUAAAUUGAUGUUACUAUAAAUUUUAGCCAGCUAAAAUACUGCAAUUGAUCAUAUUGUAUGACAUAGUUAUAGCUAGUUAUUGUUGCUGUAUACAUUGUAUCAUUGUAUCAGUCACUUGGAAAGUAGUAUAUUUAAAUUUACAAAUAUUUUGGUGUGAUAUUGCAUGUAUGAACUAAGCACCCUGUCUCAACUUCCAAACACUUAAAAUAUGCAAGUUCUGUCAAUAAAUGUCUAGAAAUACUUACUCUGUAAAAUGUCGUAAAAUCAUAUUAAAAUUGU